GGCUUCAGUGGGGGCAGCUAAGCAGGACCCGCAGCUCAUGCCUUGGAUGGAUUCAUUCCAGUUGCUCUCCCCGGCUGCCACAGCAGAUUUGCCUCUGUGCAGCAGGGAGCUGGAGCUGGAGCUGAACCUCCUCUGUGUAUGAAAACACUCUGUAAACAUGGCCGGUAAGAUACAGAGUCUGACUGACGAGGAGAGGACCCACCUACUCCCCCUGCUACGCAACGCUCAGUGGGUGGAGGUUGUGGGGCGGGACGCCAUCUACAAAGAGUUUGUUUUUAAAGACUUCAAUCAGGCCUUUGGUUUCAUGUCCAGAGUGGCUCUGCAAGCAGAGAAGAUGGACCAUCACCCUGAGUGGUUCAAUGUCUAUAACAAGGUCCAGAUCACUCUCAGCACACAUGACUGUGGAGGCUUGUCCCAGCGCGACAUCACAUUGGCCACCUUCAUCGACCAGGCGUCUCUGAUGUGACCGACAUGCUGUCAGUCAUCUGAACAGGGACGACUGAAGCGCUGGACGUCACAGAUCUUUACGUUCAGUCAUCUGCAGAAGCCAAAGAAUAUGAACCAGUUACUCCCACUUAACUGUGGGUGACGUGUCCGUCUGUGAAGGGUCCAAUGUGUUUUGUUGUUGGUUUUUGCACAUGGUGAAAAUGAGAUUAUUAAGUAAGGAAAUGGUAAAACACUGUUUACACAUUAAAGGAUUCAAGUAAUUCCUCAGCAACCAGAUAUCAUUCACAGCGGGACGUGUGUCCUUCAGUCUCUGGCGUCUCAUGGACCAAGUGUUCUUGUACUUUUAGUAAAAAGUUGUUUUCUCUCUUGUUGUAAGUGAAAAAUGACCAGAAUCUGAUUCUUCUCAGA